AUGUGUCGCUUCCUAGUAGGAUCAAUCCCACAACCCUUCAUGUGCAGAACUAACGAUGCAAACCAGAUCUACAAAGGGCGGAAUGAGAUCCGCCUCAGCAAGUUGGUCACUGAGCCGAGUCAUUCGAUCCUUACUCAGUCUUAUGACUCUCGUCUGCGACUAGAUAACCGCCGUCCUGUCAAUGGUGAUGGAUUCGGUGUAGGGUUCUACACCGAUCCCAAACUCGGACCGGAGCCUUGCAUUUUCACUUCCACAUUGCCUGCCUGGAACUGUGACAAUCUAGAGCGACUCGCCGCGAAGACCUGCUCAAACCUUGUCUUUGCACACGUACGUGCGACCACUGAAGGCGCACUUGCCGAGAACAACUGCCACCCGUUCCAGCACCAAUCUCUCAUGUGGAUGCACAAUGGUGGUAUCGGUGCGUGGAACCACAUCAAGCGCCCUCUGGGAAGCUCCCUCGCCGACAAAUGGUAUUUGGGCGUGAAGGGUGGCACGGACAGUGAAUGGUGUUUUGCUCUGUUCCUUAAUUUGCUUGAACAAGAAGGAGUGGAUCCUAGCUCUAAUCCCGGCCCAGAGGGGUUCGGACAAGCACUUCUUCGCCGUGUUUUGAUGAAAACCAUUGCCCGGAUCAAUGAGCUUGUUAAGGACAUUCCCGAGAAGUAUAAGGUGCCAGGGCUAGAAACUCGUUCUUUGAUGAACUUUGCAGUCACAGAUGGACACACUGUUGUUUGCACUCGGUACAUCAGCAGCAAAACUGACGAGCCCGCCAGCCUAUAUUUCUCUUCUGGUACCAAGUGGAAGGAAGGCGAAACCAAAGGACAUUUCAAGAUGGAGCGACACGAUAAGGGCGCCGAUAUUGUGCUCGUAGCCAGUGAGCCUAUCACAUUCGAGCGACACAAUUGGGUAUCUGUCCCAACAAAUUCGGUUGUUACAAUCCACAAGCAGACUGUGAUGCUCCACCCUAUUCUCGACGAAUUCUAUGGCGAGAACCUUGACCAGGACCGCUCCUCUUGCUUUGCUGUGUCCAAGGGUCUUGUCAGCACAGCCCCUGGGACAACCGUCCCAUUGCCGGAGUCCAAGGAGCCCUGCGCACCCACACCGGCGAGCAAUCUCAUCGAGAAGCCUGCAGUCCAGCCCUGCAACUGA